GAAACAAGUAAAGUCGGAUUAAAGGCAUCUUUUGUGUAAAUUUUAUAAUAAUUGAUCAUUUUGCAUAAACCCAGCCAGUAAUUUGAUUAAUUCCUCUUUGGAUCGCCUUAUUUGUGAAUACUGUACAAAGAGACGUGUCGAAUAUGGCAUCCGGUACCACUUUGCAAAAGGCUAUUGAUUUAGUGACCAAAGCCACGGAAGAAGAUCGUAAUAAAAAUUAUGCUGAAGCGUUGCGACUUUAUGAACAUGGCGUUGAAUAUUUUCUUCAUGCCAUUAAGUAUGAGGCGCAAGGUGAGAAAGCCAAGGACUCAAUACGCGCCAAGUGUCUGCAAUAUUUAGAUCGAGCUGAAAAGCUCAAAGAAUAUUUGAAGAAAGGCAAGAAGAAGCCAGUUAAGGAAGGUGAAUCAAGCUCGAAAGACGACAAAGACAAAAAAGAUGACAGUGACUCCGAUGGCGAAGAUCCUGAAAAGAAGAAAUUGCAAAGUAAAUUAGAAGGCGCAAUCGUUAUUGAAAAGCCACAUGUAAAAUGGUCCGAUGUAGCUGGUUUAGAUGCGGCUAAAGAAGCUCUGAAAGAAGCUGUAAUUUUGCCAAUUAAAUUUCCGCAUCUUUUUACCGGCAAACGUAUUCCGUGGAAGGGUAUCUUGCUAUUUGGCCCACCUGGUACCGGCAAAUCAUAUCUUGCCAAAGCUGUUGCUACAGAAGCGAACAAUUCAACAUUCUUUUCUGUGUCCAGUUCUGAUUUGAUGUCGAAAUGGUUAGGCGAGUCUGAAAAGUUGGUAAAGAAUCUCUUCGAAUUGGCACGACAACAUAAACCAUCAAUUAUAUUUAUCGAUGAAAUCGAUUCGAUGUGUUCCGCACGUUCGGACAAUGAGAAUGACAGUGUGCGUCGCAUUAAAACCGAGUUUUUGGUGCAAAUGCAAGGUGUGGGAAACGAUACAGAUGGUAUUUUAGUACUAGGCGCAACUAAUAUACCUUGGGUGUUGGAUUCAGCUAUUCGGCGACGUUUCGAAAAACGCAUCUACAUUCCGUUACCGGAAGCACAUGCACGUCUGGUUAUGUUUAAGAUACAUUUAGGCAAUACUACUCACGUACUAACCGAGGCUGACCUAAAAGAGCUUGCUUCGAAAACGGAUGGUUACUCAGGCGCUGAUAUAUCAAUUGUUGUGCGCGAUGCGCUUAUGGAACCCGUGCGUAAAGUGCAAACCGCCACACAUUUCAAGCGUGUAACUGGUCCAUCACCAACAAAUAAAGAAAUAAUAGUUGACGACUUAUUGGUGCCCUGUUCGCCUGGCGAUGAUGGCGCUACUGAAAUGUCCUGGAUGGACGUGCCUAGCGAUAAACUAUUUGAGCCUCCAGUAACAAUGCGCGACAUGCUGAAGUCUUUGUCUCGUACAAAACCAACUGUUAACGACGAUGAUUUAGUUAAGCUGCGUAAAUUUACCGAAGACUUUGGACAAGAGGGAUAAAGAGAAUACAAAAUUCUAAAGAAAAAUUAUUUUAUUAUAAACAUAAGUUAAUACUGUAUGCAAAAUGAACGAUUGUUGCCUAUUUGAUAAAAAAAAGGAGGAAAGAAUAUUUCAUGCUCCAGGCUAAAAUUAUUUGAAAAUAAUUGGAUAAAUUCGACAUAUAAUUUUCUCUGUUAAAAAGGAUUUAAAACUAUACACAUUUUCGUGAUAAAAUUUAGUACUAUACUUUUGUCUUUAUGUACACAUUGCAUUUUAUAAUUCUAUUCGGAAUGACCAUUGUAUGGAACAUACUCAAAUAUAGAAACAAAUCCUACAAAAUGCUGAAAUUGCCUUGAAAGCAGAAAUGGAAUCUAGCGCUGGUAAACACUUAAGAAAGUCAGGUAUUUUUUAGAUAGAAUGUGGCUAAGCCUAUUGGCUAGUUGAUUGGAAAAAUUAAUCAAUACAACAAUAAUAACAAAUAUGUGUAUGUAAAAAAUUUAAAUUCUCACGCUUUAUUUCAGAAAUAGUAUACAUAAAGCUAUACCUAUAUAAA